AUGGUUCAUAAGGCAGAGUACUUACCGGAAACCGGAACUCAUAUAAGUUCUGUUUUACAAGGUGGAUAUAAUCAUCCAUUGAGUAGAGAAUGGCAACAAGAGAAACAAUUAACUAAGAAUAUGUUCAUAUUCCCAUUAUUCAUUAGUGAUCAACCAGAUGAAGAAAGUAUUAUUCCAGCUUUACCAAAUAUUAAACGGUAUGGAACUAAUACAUUAAUUCCUUAUGUUAAAUCAUUAGUUGAAAAAGGGUUAAGGGCUGUUAUAUUAUUUGGAGUACCAUUAAAGGAAGGAGUUAAAGAUGAAGUUGGAACAGCAGCUGAUGAUCCUGAAGGUCCAGUAAUUAGUAGUAUUAAAUUACUUCGUAAAAAUUUCCCAGAUUUAUAUAUUAUGUGUGAUGUAUGUCUUUGUGAAUAUACUUCUCAUGGUCAUUGUGGAAUUUUAUAUGAAGAUGGAUCAAUUAAUAGAGAAAUAUCAGCAUUAAGAAUUGGACAAGUUGCUGUAAAUUAUGCUAAAGCAGGAGCUAAUUGUGUUGCUCCAUCAGAUAUGAUUGAUGGUAGAAUUAAAGAUAUUAAAACAGGAUUAAUUAAUGCAGGUUUAGCUCAUAAAUGUCUUGUAAUGUCAUAUGCCGCUAAAUUUAGUGGAGGAUUAUAUGGACCAUUCCGUGAUGCAGCAGGUAGUGCUCCAAGUCAUGGAGAUCGUAAAGCUUAUCAAUUACCACCUGGUGGAGCUGGUUUAGCUCGUCGUGCAUUACUUAGAGAUAUGGAAGAAGGUGCAGAUGCAGUUAUUGUUAAACCAUCAACUUUCUAUUUAGAUAUUAUUAGUGAUGCAUCUAAAUUAUGUAAAGAUUAUCCAAUUUGUGCUUAUCAUGUUAGUGGAGAAUAUGCUAUGUUACAUGCUGCUGCUGAAAAGGGAAUUGUAGAUUUAAAGACUAUAGCUUUUGAAUCUCAUAUUGGAUUCUUAAGGGCAGGAGCUAGAUUAGUUAUUAGUUAUUUUACUCCAGAGUUUUUAGAGUGGCUCGAUAAUUAA